AAUUAAAGUUGAACAGGACAAAUAUAAAGUGAAUAAUAUUGAUAGACUAUAUAAUGCAAAUCAUAAAGUUGGUAUUAAAAAGGAUGAACAUAAGAUAGUUAACUCUGAUGAACAUAUAAUGUUGAAU